CGGACGGAAGAGGGCGCUUCGAGUGCCACCUCGACGUCGCGCUUUCGUCGCGUCGGAGCGCCGACAGAGCGCGCGCCCGGCGGCGGUGGGAUAGAGGCAGAAGUUGUCGGGUGGCGCAGACGCCGUCGGGAAGCCGAGCGACAGGUAAUUUCAUCGACAAAUUUCUCGCGCGCAACGUUUUUUAUCCGUCCGAUUUGACACGAGGAACCAUCUAUAUCCAAUGGGAGUCACCGUUACUCUGGGAGCUAUUCGUUUGCUGGUGGCCCUAUAUGACAUCAUCACCUUCCCCUUCCAGAUCUGCGUGCAAAGGCCCUGGAGGAGGCGCUCCCGAAAGAAAUGUUUGACCAAGAGGUUGGAUCCGAACGAUCCUUACAGUCCAUACGUUCUGGUGGAUCAGCAGUCCUCACCCAUUCCUCCCGACGUCGGAACCCUAGAUCGACUCUUUCGCUAUGGGGUCGGAUGCUAUCGAGAGAAGAACCUGUUCGGAGUCCGAGACGUGGUUCGGACCGUGGAAGAGAUUCAGAAAGACGGAAAGACCUUCACCAAAUUGAUGCUGGGUCAGUAUCGUUGGACGAAUCUGGACGAAGCUAACAAUACGGUAUGGAGUUACGCUCGUGGAUUUUUGUUUCUCGGACUGAAAUCGCGCGACAAAAUCGCUAUCUUCGCGGAGACCAGACUAGAAUGGCUGCUGACGGCUCUGGCCUGCUUCAGAAUCAACGUGGGAGUGGUUACUCUAUACCCGAAUCUGGGAGACGAUGGAUUAGUCUUGGGAAUAAACGAGUCCGACGUCAACGUCGUCGUCACUUCUCAAUCUCAACUACCUAAGCUAAGGAAAAUCGCCGGUCGACUUCCUCUUUUGAAACACGUGAUCUACAUGGAAUCUUCGGAAAGAGCUGACGAAAGCGGAUUUCCGGAGUCCGUUCGAGUCAUGACCUUGUCCGACAUGAAGAAUUUGAUGGACGACAUGGAUCCGGAUCCUCCUUACGAGAGUCCGACACCCGAUGAUUUGGCUAUUUUGAUGUACACCAGCGGAUCGACUGGAGUUCCAAAAGGUGUCGUUAUCAGUCACCGUAAUGCCAUGGCUACUACACGAGCCUUCCAGCUUUUACUAGAACCUGUUCUAUCAAAUCCGGACGAAGUGUACAUCGCCUAUCUUCCAUUGGCCCACAUUUUCGAAUUUUCCUCAGAGCUGAUAUGUUUGGUGCAAGGUAUUCCUAUAGGUUACUCGUCGCCCUUCACUUUAACAGACCAGUCUUCCGGUCUGGCGGCAGGAUGCAAGGGAGAUGCCACGUUGCUGAGGCCCACCGUCAUGUGUGGUGUUCCGCUGAUGCUCGACCGCAUCCGUAAGAACAUCUGGCAGACUGUCGAAUCUAAGGGCCAGUUUUCUACCCAGUUGUUUCGCUUCGCCGUCGACUAUAAACGCUUCUGGCUGGCACAUGGUUUCGAUACCCCAAUCCUUAACCGAAUAAUAUUUCGUAAGAUCCGUCAGUCAGUGGGUGGAAGACUUCGGCUGAUCAUCAGCGGAUCCGCCCCUCUAAGUACGGACACACAUCUAUUCAUUAGCGACUGUCUGGGGCUCACGCUAAUACAAGGUUACGGAAUGACGGAGACGGCCUCUUCCUCCACUGGAAUGGACUAUCGGUUCAUCGUCCCUGGAUCCGUCGGUCCCCCCGUUCCUAAUUGUUUAAUUCGUCUAGUCGACUGGGAAGAAGGAAAUUACCAUCCUACGGAUAAACCUAAUCCUCGCGGAGAGAUUGUAAUUGGAGGAGAUUGCGUAACAGAAGGUUACUACAAAAACAAACAAUUGACGGAAGAAUGCUUCAAAGACGAGAAUGGCACAAGAUGGUUCUACACUGGAGAUAUUGGAGAAUUGUUGCCAGACGGAAACUUUAAGAUAAUAGAUCGAAAGAAAGACAUCGUCAAGCUGCAACACGGAGAAUACAUUUCACUAGGAAAGAUCGAAUCUGAAUUGAAGUCCUGCCAUCUAGUAGAAAAUGUUUGCGUGUUUGCCAACAGCCUGCACGACUUCGCCGUAGCCCUAGUCUCGCCUAACCGGGUCCAACUACAGAAUUUGGCCAAACAAUUGGACAAAGAAAGACUUAGUUGGGAGGAAAUGUGUCGAGAUGCAGAAAUCGUCCGUCGAGUGACCGAAACCGUGGUGGGCCAUGGGACCAAGUGUCGAAUGUUAAAGUGGGAAAUUCCUCGAAAGGUAUAUUUGUGCAGCGAAGAAUGGACACCGGAAACGGAACUGGUGACGGCGGCUUUCAAAGUUCGAAGAAAAGCCAUCGAGAACCACUACAAAGACGUGUUGAGAUCUCUGUACCAGAGCGAAUAAAGACUCGAUCGACGAUACCAAA